CUUAAGUGAUUUAUUUAGUACAAAUAUUGUACGAUGAACAAGUUAUCAGGGAACUAACCGAAUAAUUUUGUUAUUAAAAGUACAUACAUAUCAAUAAUUCCUUUAAAUGUUUUGAUUAUUUUUGGUUUUUAUUACACACCUAAAUAUAUACAUCUUAGAACGUGGAUGAAGAAUACGAGGAAUAUUUUAACGUUCCGUUCUGAUAAUUAUUUACUGAAUUAAACACAUCAAAUAAAGCUAUUAUCUUUGUAGCAUUAUGUCAACAAGCUUUGAGUAUAAUGAGCGGUGCAAAUAUGUGCCUGGUCCUAUGUUGUAGUUGACUGACUGACAGAUUGUUUCAGCAUUUAUUAUGAGAAGCGGUGGAUGAUAAAAAUAGAAUGGUUGGAGAAGACACCAAAAAUAACUUUAGAUCGCUGUUAGGACUCACCUCAGAGACUUGGUUGGCAAAUAAGCCUCUAUCGUGGUAGAACUGGUGCUUUUGGAGGACAGCUCAAUGAAUCUUUUGAUACUCUCAUUGCCCAGUAUAACCCAAGCCUUAAUGAAAAGUUGGGACGAGCCCCCGAUUUUGACGAGGCAUUAAUAACUGAAAGAGAAAGGCAGCUCGAGAACACUAACAGCAUAAAUUUAACCAAUACAGUGUUGGACAUAUUAACUUAUACGACCAUCUGACUACUGAAUAGAGCGCAGGAAAAUCAAAGUCGGCUGGUGAAUUUACAAAAUAAUUAACCCUGGAUAUGCUUUAGGAUAAUGUUAAACAUAGCAACCCACGAAUCCGUCGACUAAAAGAUGUUCAUUAAGGCUACCCACUUUCAAGAAAUUUCGUAGGAUUAGAUAAAACUAGCGCUAGCUAAGCCCACAAACUACUUCUAACAGUUGUAUCAACACUGUUUAUUAGAUGUAUAUGCAGCGUUCUGCCUGGUGAAAUCAUCUAUGAAUUAAUUUGAACCCUAGUUAUGAAUAUUGACCUUAAGAAGUAGAUCAACAUAUCAGAAUUUCGUUCUGUAACCAGUAUAACAAUACCUUAAACCACCGACAAAUUGUUUGAUAUGUAACUUUAGAUUGCUUGUAGUUUUUUCUCCAUCAUUCCUUCUAGCAUAGUGAUAUGAAUGAAGAUAUGCAGACUGAAGUAAUGGAACUAUGUGUGACAGCAUGUGAAAAAUUCUCAACUGAUAAUGAGGCAGCAGCUCGUUUCGUAAAAGAAACUAUGGAUAAAAAGUACGGAGCAGCAUGGCAUGUAGCUGUUGGUGAAGGUUUUGGUUUUGAAAUUACCUAUGAUAUUAAAACAUUUUAUACAUGCUAUGUGGUGGAAAUUUAGGCAUAAUUGUCUGGAAAUGCUGUUGAUAAUAAUUAUAGGAUGUAAAUAUUUCAAAAAGGAAUAAGAAUACGUGUACACUAUUUAAAAUGUAUAUUUUAAUAGUAAUCUAUAUUUUGACAAGCUUUUCGUCAUAUUUUACUCUGUUAUGUUGAAGUUCCCGAGUCCAAAAAGAUGGAAGCAAAUAAAUAUAUUACCUAUCAUAAAUGUCACUGGAUUCCAAUCACUUUUUUAACAUACGAUAUUUUCCAAUUAACAGAAAACCUCUUAUGAACUAAAACAUCAAAAAUACUUCAAUCAUUUUUACCGAUAUGUAUAUACUUAGAUUUGUAAUAUAUCUUUUUAAAAUAUAUCUAAGUUUGUAACUAAAAACAACAUCUAAAAC